AUGGACCCACCUCGCGCCGUCGCCGUUCUUCUCCUCUUACUCCUUCCCGUGCUCGCCCCGGUGGCCUCCGGCGUGCCCUUCGUCGUCCUCCACGGGAUUGGCGACGAGUGCGGGAACGAUGGCCUGGCAUCCUUCACCGAGAUGCUUGGGGAGUGGUCCGGCUCCAAAGGUUACUGCAUUGAAAUUGGAAGAGGAGCAUGGGACUCUUGGUUGAUGCCACUUCAAGAGCAGGCAAAUACGGUUUGCAAGAAGGUCAAGAAAAUGAAAGAACUCAGUGAAGGUUACAAUAUAGUUGGCCUGUCUCAGGGGAACUUAAUUGGCAGGGCUGUAAUCGAGUACUGUGAUGGUGGACCUCCGGUCAAGAAUUUCAUAUCAAUUGGGGGUCCUCAUGCUGGUACAGCUUCAGUGCCACUUUGUGGUUUUGGGUUUCUUUGUAUUCUUAUUGAUGAUCUGAUUAAAUCAGAGAUAUAUUCAGAUUACGUGCAGGCACAUCUUGCCCCUAGUGGUUACCUAAAGAUACCCACUGAUAUGGAAGAUUAUUUAAAAGGUUGCAGAUUUCUUCCAAAGCUUAACAAUGAGAUCCCAAGUGCAAGAAAUACUACCUAUAAAGAAAGAUUCAGCAGCUUGGAAAACUUGGUACUGAUUAUGUUUGAGGACGAUGCAGUAUUAAUACCUCGGGAAACAGCAUGGUUUGGUUAUUACCCUGAUGGAGCCUUUAGCCCAGUGCUGCCCCCUCAAGAGACGAAGCUGUAUACAGAAGAUUGGAUUGGCUUGAGGACCCUGGACGAGGCUGGGCGUGUUAAAUUCGUGUCUGUGCCAGGAGGUCACCUGCGUAUCUCCAGAAGCGACAUGAAGAAGUACAUCGUGCCUUACUUGACGCCGGAGGCGUCAUCCAAGCAGAGCAUACACCGGAUGCUGUCGCUUUGA